AUGGGAUCAAGCUGUUGUUUGGCUUAAGGGGAUGAAAAAGUAGAGUUAAUGUUGCAACAAAAAAAUAAAUAAAAGAAGAGAGUUGGAAAAUUAUAUAAAAACCCUUCUAUAAGCGGUAAUGAUUAGAAUAAGCAAAAUAACAGAAAACCAUCUUAUUAAAAUUAAUUAUCAUAUAUCAUAGAUGAUACUGGAAAGGAAUAUAAUAGAAUGGCUGCUAGCACAUUAGUAAUUUAGGUAUUAACAGGAGAUCUGGAUAGAGUAAAUUCAAUUGAAUUAUCAGAAAAUGCUAUAAAAGACAUACCAGUAAAGAAUAGUUCUUAUGAAAUAAUUUCAAUAGAAUCUAAAAAGACUAUCUUGAAGAAAGAAACAAAAUAUAGUAUAUUUCACAACCAGGCUCAUCUAAAUUAGAAUUAAAAGAAGGUGAGAUUCGAUGAUGUGUGA